AUGGACGACAACGGUAACCGGUCCAUCAUUCGAAACGUGAAGGGACCUUCCUCAUCUGGUCACAUUGUCUCGGUUUCUGAUCGACACCAUAAAGGCCCGAUUACUGUACUGAAGCGAGUCACAACAAGUGCUCUUCAUCAUGACAAAGCUGACCUGUUUCUGAGUGGCGGCUCUGAUGGCAAGGUCGUUAUAUACUGUGUUGAAGAUGGGAAGCCAGUAGUUAAACACCUUACUUCAUUAGGCAUGUUUCUUGUCAAUUCUGAUAUUUUCGGAAACUCCUUCGUGAAAUGUUAUGAACUGCAUUGCAGAAGGUAUCAAGGGCUCUGUUGGAACUCUCUGUGGCACAACAUCGCUCGAGAAGACGACUGUGGCCGCUUCAUGGGUAUUGUAUUCUUUCGAAACUUCGAAGACGCUAAUCACUCUAAGCGUAUUGACGACUCCAAAUCCGGAGUGCGAGUCUGGUGGUUGGAACGUCUCGGGGGCGCACUGUCUCUCAGCCAUUUCUUCGAAAUUGAUGAUCUGGGAACAAUAUUUGCCGUAGCCGCCGAUAUGCAGGUGCUGCCAACUGGUACGUUCAUCAGUUAUUCCACAACGAUGUGUCAUCGAACUGCCUUGAGUUCUAGAGUUUCUCGACAAUCUUGCUGGCACAAGCGGGGCCAAGAUUCGUACGUAAAGCUAUGGCGCAUCGAAGAGGAAAAGGAUAAAAAAGACGCUGAUGAAUUAAAUGUCACUAAAAAUUGUUUCAAAAUUGCUGAUGCCGAGGGCGCGAUAAAAAACUGUCAUCAUUCUGAAAGAGGACUCAAUGAAGAAAACUCUGGAUGUGAUGUGGUGCGGUUAGGAAUUGUUGGAGGGCAAGCUGCUGGAUUCUUUAGCGCUGCGUUUUCUCCUGAUGCCCAGCAAGUUGUGGCUUCUUCGUACUUUGGAGGACUUUACGCGUGGCUUUCGGAAGAGGAAGCUGAUGUAUGGGAUGGGACGCACGGUAAUGCCAGCUGCAUGUUGCCUGUGCGUGAUGUUGCUAUGGCAUCCUUAGCGGAAAUAGAUCUCCAUUUCUUUCUGUCGGUGAGGAUAAAACCACAAGGGUGUAUGUCCCACAAAAGGACCAGAAAGGAUUCGUUCCCCCUGAAGUGCGCACGACCUCAAGUCAUGGGCCACAGAGCAAUGCCAUUAGUGGUGCUCCAGCGUAGCUCUGUCCUCGUUUGUCACUUCCACACUGAAAGUCACAGGCUUAAUUGUUCACGCGUCCGUAUACAGAUUUUUGGAGACUCGCAGUUUCCCCAUCUUAAUGGUGGCAACGAAGUCCUGCCUGGUCUGUCUAACAAAAAGCAAUUGAGGAUGCCGAGGCAGUUCAAUUGGAGGGCGAUGGUGAUGCUCAUUGGGAGGAAGCGGCUUUCCAAGCAGCGCCUGGUGAACUUCGUACUCCUCCCACAGAAGACUGUUUGCAACAAAACACUCUUUGGCCUGAGAUUCACAAACUAUAUGGCCAUGGCUAUGAAGUAUACGCUAUUGCGAUCAACCUGCGGGACAACGGUGCUCUGCUACCGGUCCUUGGCAAUUAUGAACUGGGGCAGAAAAAACCCGAUUUAUGGCAAGAUGCUUUGGCUCAGCCUGAAUCACCUUGACCACAAGUUAUAUUGUCUGAUAGCUGCCGGUGAAACCACUAACAGAUCAAGUGUGAGGCUCAUAGGGCACCAAUUGACGGUUACACAGUUCGAAUGGUGUCCAACUGGUACUCGGUUACUGAGUGUCAGCAGAGACCGCAAAGCGAUUAUCUACCGCGAACAAAAUGAUGAUUGUAUUGAAUGGUUUUUGCUACCAAAAAGUGUGGUCGUCCAACAAAAGAGCACUCUAGGAUCAUAUGGUCUUGUUGCUGGUUCGAGGACUCACAACAUUUUGCUACUGCGUCACGAGAUAUGCAGGUUGAUAAUUAUAUGGAAAUGCAACGACGAAAACACAGCUCCAGUCUGCUCCUUCAAGUGUCAACAAGCAGCCACAAGCGUUGCAGUAUGUUGCGGCACUGGACUGAGCGAUGCAAUAAUUGCUGGUGGCCUCCAAGAUGGUUCAGUACUGCUACUACAUCUACAUGAAAAUCAACUUCAGCCCCUCUCACGACUGUUUGUUCCAUCCAUACCAGUGGAUAGCCCCAUCACGCGAUUGAGAGUUAACCCAAGAGACAGAUGUGAAUUGGCUGUUGCUGGAAGUGACGGGAAACUACGCGUGCUACGAUUGAGCGAUUUGGUCUUUCGAAGUUCAGUAGAAGAACAGAUUUCCUGCCUCAUUUUUAUCUACCGUCGUCUGAUAAAUGUGCAUUCAGGCGUGGAGCUUCUUGCUCUAGGCACAACAAAAAGAACCAUUGAUCUCUACUGUGGGACCGUUUGCCACAAGGCGAUGAAACGAGUUCUUUCAAUCACAGCUCAUGACGACUGGGUCCACUCCAUUGCUUUCAAUCAGUCUUCUCCAAUCUUGCUGGCCACAGCGGGCCAAGAUUCGUACGUAAAGCUAUGGCGCAUCGAAGAGGAAAAGGAUAAAAAAGACGCUGAUGAAUUAAAUGUCACUAAAAAUUGUUUCAAAAUUGCUGAUGCCGAGGGCGAACUCUCGUGGUCUAUAAGCACUGAGGCCGUGUUAGCAGGGCACGAUGAUUGGGUGCAUUCAACCUCAUGGGAUAAAACUGGGCGCACCUUACUCACGUCUUCUAGCGAUAAAACUGUCAUCAUUUGGAAAGAGACUCAUGAAGGAAAGCUCUGGAGUGAUGUGGUGCGGUUAGGAAUUGUUGGAGGGCAAGCUGCUGGAUUCUUUAGCGCUGCGUUUUCUCCUGAUGCCCAGCAAGUUGUGGCUUCUUCGUACUUUGGAGGACUUUACGCGUGGCUUUCGGAAGAGGAAGCUGAUGUAUGGGAUGGGGCGGCAGUAUGCAGUGGCCAUGUUGGCGCUGUGCGUGAUGUUGCAUGGCAUCCUUGCGGAAAGAUGCUCAUUUCUGUCGGUGAGGAUAAAACCACGAGGGUGGACCUGGAGGGAUUCGUUGAAGUGGCACGACCUCAAGUUCAUGGCCACAGUAUGCAGUGUAUUGCAGUGGUGUCCAGGUUUUUGGAGACUGCAGUUUCCCAUCUUAUGGUGCAAGAGUCCCUGCCUUGGGUCUGUCUAACAAAGCAAUUGAGGAUGCCGAAGCAGUUCAGUUGGAGGGCGAUGGUGAUGCUCAUUGGGAGGAAGCGGCUUUCCAAGCAGCGCCUGGGUGAACUUUCACAGUACGGAAUUCAUCAUUUUUGUCAAAAAAAGGUGAUGAUGGAUGCAUUCAUAAGCUACCUCCGUUUCUUUUCAGCUCCUCCCACAGAAGACUGUUUGCAACAAAACACUCUUUGGCCUGAGAUUCACAAACUAUAUGGCCAUGGCUAUGAAGUGUACGCUAUUGCGAUCAAUCCUGCCGGCACAGUGCUUGCUACGUCUUGCAAGGCUAGCCAAGCGGAUGAUGCAGUGAUUGCGUUGUGGGACACAUCAGAUUGGAGCAAGAAGUCUGAAGUAUCCGGGCACCAAUUGACGGUUACACAGUUCGAAUGGUGUCCAACUGGUACUCGGUUACUGAGUGUCAGCAGAGACCGCAAAGCGAUUAUCUACCGCGAACAAAAUGAUGAUUGCGCUACUGUUUUCACAUCAACAAAUGGCAUGUCUGAGAUCUUUAUUCUUCUUAUAAAAAAUUGA